CAGACACACAUCUUCUUCACUGUCAGUCAACGCUGUUGUUUGGUGUACCAUCCUGUGCUGAACAGACCCGGCGAACAAGCGGACGAACCGUUGAAGGCUUCAAAGAAAAACAGCUUCUGACAUGCACUUUGAUAGAUCGUCAAAGGAGAAGCCGUGUUGCACUCUGCCCACAGUGAAGAAACUCUUGGAGCAGAAGAGGAAGCGUGAAUCAUCGUCUGUGCCAUCGUCCAGUUCCACAGCCGCAACAAGUCCUCUUCCUCCAACCACUGCUUCACAGUUGUCAACAACAGAUCCAUUUACCUGUACAGGUGCAUCAAGCAACUACUCAGACAUGGCAGUAGGCUAUGAGCAGUGGAGUCCAGCACCAGAGCCGACACUGGGUUACUACUCCAGCCAACCAGGGUCGAGCUUUGCUGAUACCUACAGCCUUCCAGUGUCCUCUGACUACGGAUUACAACAGCCGGUCGAGGGAUUUGGGGACACAAUGCCUCAGGGAUAUGACUACCCGGUGACUAUGUCUGAUCCUAGUCUGGCAUCAGCUUGGCCACCUCUAGGUGCCGGUCAUUCUGCACAGUUAAGCGUUGGUACACCGCUGGAUGUUGCCAAGCUUGAAGAAGCCAGGAUGUUGCUCAGAGGGAUGGACUACAACAGAACCACUGGGCAGGAUGAAGAUGGCGACACCAUCCUGCAUAUCUACACUGCUAAAGGCAUGAGGGAGUGCGCCUUCGCUGCUGCUGAGAGGCUGCGGGAUUUAGGGAAGCUGGAUGCCAAAGAGCACAAGGGAAAGACUGCUUUGCUAGUGGCGGUGACGGCAAACCAACCAGAGAUUGUACAAGACCUCCUGUCAUUUGGCACGGACAUCAACGCCUGUGAUGUCAAAGGUCAAACUGCCCUCCAUCUGGCUGCACACUACGGCUUCCCUGAGGUUCUGCAGGUGAUUCUGUCCUGUAGGCCUGCCGUCAAUCUGGAGGCGCGCAAUUUUGAAGGUAUGACUCCUCUGCACUGCGCUGCCAUUUCUCACUGCGUCACCAUGAAGGCUUUGUCCACCAGCGGGCCAGCGGAUGUGAAUCUUCAGAAUAAAGCUGCUGAGAAGCUCUCCUGCGUGCACAUGCUUCUCAGUGAGGGAGCGUCACUCCUCAGUCAGGAAAUCAAAAGUAACAAAACAGUGCUGCACGUGGCUGUUAAGGAAGGGAACAUCGAUUUGGUCCGUUACCUGCUCAGUAUUCCCUUACAGAAUGUAAAAGAUUUUGUCAACAUGAAGGCACAUGGUCAUACUGCUUUACACAUGGCUGCCGGUCUCCAUGGUAACCCACACCAGGAGGAGAUGCUGCGAUUGCUGCUGAGCACAGGAGCUGAUCCCAGCAUCCGUAACCUGGAGCACGACCAGCCGGCUCACCUCCUGCAGAGCGGCCAUCAGGGAGAGCAGCUUAAGCUUAUGCUGAAGAAACGGAGCACUUCUUCUCGCCGCCGUAUUGUAUCUUUACAGGACCAAGAAUGACUGAAAUUGUUGUAACCACCAUGUGAUGGGAAUGAAUCUCAGUUUCCUCUGUUGAGGAUGGAUUUACUUUAUUGUUAUGGUUUGAAGGAGCCGUCAACUUAUUUUGUUUGUAAUAUCGACUUCAGAAAUUGAAUCGCUAUACACAAUUCACAUUGGAUUAGGUAAAUGAUACUUUGAUCUCUCAGUUACUUGUCAUUUGUUGUAUGUUCAAAUGUCAUGUUUUAUUUUCCAAACUGUACGUUCGCAUCGAUGGGAUUAUUUUCAUUUUUUUUUUUUUUUUAUUUACAAAAUGCCCAUACUACUUUCACAGGGAUUAUAUCAGGAAGCAUUUUUAUUUAUGUAUUUAUUGUUGUCAUUUAGGUAAGCAUUUACAAAUGAAGCCCUUUGCCUGAGUAUUAGUUGUCAUCUGGCAGGGUGGUGCAGCGGGUAGCACUGCCACCUCACAGUGAUGUGGUCCUGGGUUUAAACUUGACCUGUGAUCUUUGUGUUUGGAGUUAGAAAAUUUGAGACACGUGUUCUGGAUUCCUCCCAAAGGCUAUAGUUAUACAGAUUUUGAUAACUGGUGACUCUAAAUGAAUCUUGUAGGCGUGAAAGAUUGCAG